AUGCGUGAAAGGCUCCCGAAGGAGAACAAAUCAUUGCGCCAAAAGCUUCCCCCCCGGCCGCCAGCCCUGGCCCCGUCGGGGGGGCGGCUUCGUUUCGGCCCCGGUUCGCAGCGCGGCGCGCGGGGCUGGUCCUCGGCUCUCCGGCGCCGCCGAGAGGAAAAGGGCGGCGGCGGCGGCGGAGCGAAACCGAAACCGAAACGGCCGGCGGCUCUUUCGCUUUGGCGCACGAGGGAGACGUCCCCGAGGGGGCCCGGCUGGGGGCACCGCACCUCCCGGGGGUGGAGUGGUGGGGGGGGGGCAAGAGAAGGCGCUGCUGGGAGGGGGGCGAUGCCCGCCCCCGCGCCCCUCGACGGGGCCCCGGACCCCCCGCGCGCGGAUCCCGGGAGGGCGGCGGAGGCGGAGGCGCCGCUGCGGCUGAAGGAGUGGCUGGUGGCGCAGGUGGAGAGCGGCCGCUACCGGGGCCUGCGCUGGGAGAGCCGCCCGCAGCGCCUCUUCCGCAUCCCCUGGAAGCACGCCGCCAAGCAGGACUACCGGCCGCCCCGCGACGCCGCGCUCUUCAAGGCUUCCAAGGAAGACUUCAUGAACCUGAGCCAGCCUCCCGGAAAGGCCUUUGGAGCGACCCAGAAGCGCCAGUCGCUCGCCCGGCCUGGUUCCCAGAUGUUUCCCUGA